AAAUCUUAUAAGUAAAUAUUAAUAUUUUAGAUUUUCUUUCAACUUAGUUGUUUUAAUAAGUUGUAUAAUAUUUAUGUUAAAAUAUAAAGUAAUGUGAUUGUUAAAUGCGUUGUUAUAAGAAAUGAACUAUAAUAAUUAUAACUAAAUUUUUACUAAAUUAAAUUGGAUUUAUUAUUUUUUACUAGUAUGUCUCUUGUCUCAUAUGCGUAUAGUGAUUCUGAUGAGGACAAUCAAGAAACCACAUUUGAUGAAAAUCGUAUAGAUAUUAAUACUCCUAAACAUAAAACUUUUCUAAAACUACCCGAACCAAAAUGUAAAGAGGAAGUCAAAAUAUUUAAUGUUGAUAUAAAAGGAAUUGAUAAUAUUAGUACUUCAAACAAUAAAAAAGCAAAAGAAUAUAAUAAUGUUUUUGAUAAAAGAGUAGGAAAUUCAUUAACUCCUUCAUUAGUAUUACCUAAACCUAAAUCUGACGGUAAAGUGCAAAUAACUAUACCUUCAUUGAGUGAUUUUAAUGAUGAUGAUGAUGAUGAGACUUAUCAACCUAAACGAAAAAUUAUCAAACAAUCUAAUAAUGGAUGUGGUUUAUUUUCAAUGUUGCCAAAUCCUAAAAAUCAGAAAACUGUAAAAGCUACAUCUAUUAUUUCAAUGGUUCCAAGAUCUGCUGUUCAUAAAAUUGACGCUGUUGUAAAAACUCAACAAACAGUUUCAGAAAUCAAGCUUUUUGAAAACAAGUCAACAGAAUUGGAAGAUGAAGUUGAAAAUAAUGAAGAAGACUUAGAUUUCUUAGGGUUAAAUAAAUUAAAUGAUAUACCUAAUGUUGCACCAAUAGAUGGAUUUGAAGUACCAGAAAUUAAAAAUGAUACUUCUAUUAUAGAAAAUGAUGACAAAGUAUUUGGUCCUGUAUAUUGUCCCAAUGAUGCUCAAUCUGAUAUAUAUGAAGAUAAUGAAACAAAAUUAACAUUAGAUUCCAAUGCGUUAAAACAACUAGGAGACCGCGAUAAGAAUCUAAUUAAACAAGUUGAAGUUAUUAAUGUUAACAUGAGCCAAGUGUUAGAAGAAUCACAACAAUGGCUACAAAAGAACAUGACUGAAGAGUAUGCUGAGAGUAGAAAUGUCAAUAGUGAUAUAAAUGUAACUGGACAGUCUAAAAGAAAACAUCAAAUCACAUACUUAGCUCAACAGGCUAAAGCUAAUGAGCUGAAACUCAAAAAUAUGUGGGCUGAAAAUAGGCUAACUAGAAAACAAACUCAGGCAAAGUAUGGAUUUUAACACUAAUACUUAUGAGCAUAUAUUUGCAACAAAAGCAGCAGUCAUAGCUGCUAAAGGACCACCACCUGAAUAUCCGACAACUGUAAAGCCAAAUACCAGCAAUAUUCCUCCACCUGUUAUGACAUAUGCUCUUUUCAUAUUCAGAUUUUCCUUUAAACAAUAAAAAUUCAAUUCUAUUAAUAUUUUCUAAUGAAAAUUUAUAUACAAUACAUAUAUAGAUAUGUAAAUAAUGACAUAACUUUAAAUUUCUUACUUCACACUUAUGUGGUAUGAAUCCAGCAACAAUUCCCCAAAUAAUCCCACAAAAAAGACCCAUUGCAAUUUCUAAAGGUCCUUGUAUGAUAUUAGAUGUCCAAUUUGCUAAAA